AGCUGUUAUCUCAACCACCGGAAAGCAAAGAUCUUUGGAUCCGAAGAUCUUCGCCAUGCAUUCGCCAUCGGCGACCACAUGACGAUACGACAAUACCGAAGAAGGUAAUAACAACCAUAUCAUCGAUACUUCUAGCUAUAUAUACAUGUACAUAGCUAGCUAUAGCUCCUAGCUACCGGUCGGCAGUAUUGUUCUUCCAGAGACUUUGGAAGAGAGAACGCGCGAUCUUAGCUAGUAGCGAGUCUUCUGAGAAAAAGCCUCGCAAUGGCCAGUUUUGCCGCAACAAAUGGCAAUGCGACUUCUACCGUCAUUCCCAAGGCCAUGACGGUGUUGGGUCCUGUGGAAGAAUUAGGCGAUGUUUUGAUGAAAGAACCCUUGAUUUGCGACCCUGCCCUCCGCAUGACAGGACCCGCCAGUGGAACGGCUCUUGUCUGGGAUGAUCUCGCCCACAUUCGUGCCAAUCCGUUUGUGAAUGCCAGCAACAUGACCUUGUCGUCCGUUCCCGAUGCCGUCCACGAACUCACCAAUAAGGGCCACUGUGGAGAUACCCUCUUGGAUACUACUUCGGUGGAUGGAGGACGAGAUUUCGUCAAGGCUCGCAUCAUUAGUCAGCAGACGGGAAAACACAUUAUUUUGGGAACCACACCCACCACAAGCACAACAGAUGUGGAUGCCGUACAAGCUUCCAAACGGGACAUUGAUCGAAUGGAGCAGGAAUUGAUCUAUGGAGUGGAACAACAACAACAAUCACAACAAGACCAAUCGGAACCACUCCUGGUCCGAGCGGGAUUUAUUGGAGAAUUGCACAUUACCGACUUGAAUGAUCCAUCGCAAGAACGACAACUCCAUGCUUGCGCCGUCGUACAACACACCACCGGGGCGCCCUUUCUCUUGGACGUUCCUUCCCAACAUGUCGAAUCGGCACUCGAUCAAAUCGAACGGUGUGGAGGAGACUUGUCACGGACGGUACUGACGCGGGCGGAUUUGUAUUACCGCCACGACAUGACAUUGUUGUGCCGGCUGCUAGACCGUGGAGUCUGUCUCUGUUUCGAUCACUGUGCCGUGGCAUCGGCCAUUUGGGAUUUGGAUGGCAUCUAUCCCAGUGUCCAACAAGUAGCACAACUCAUUGAUACCUUACUCAAACUCAAACCAGACCAAUACAUCCAUCAAAUUGUUCUCUCCAGUGGAAUCUUUAUGAAACUACAAUACACCAAAUAUGGGGGCGUUGGGUACACGGCCAUCCUGGAGCAUCUCGUUCCACGGCUCCAAGCACAACAACAACAACAACAACAACCAGCAGUCAUUGAUAUACUCUUGAGAGCCAAUCCGAAACGAUUGCUGUGCUGGUGGACGCCUCCGCCUCCCAAGGAAGUGCCGAAAGAGUACAUUCCUUGUUCCGUCUGCAAAAAGAUGUUUGAACCCAUUCUGGGUGAAUACUACACCAAGUAUUCCUUCACAUACUGUGGGACGGAUUGUCUAAGGAAACACCGCAAAGUGGGGUUCAAAGGGAUUUAGAAUUUAAUAUUCGAUCAUGUAUGCUCUUGGGCAAACGAUAUAUUUAGAAGUGAAGGACUUGCUUUGACAGGCAAAUCAAUGGCUAGCGACUUCAUCAUCUGAGUGAUUUUUUGGAGGUGGUACAUAUACCACCUUUCAGCUGUACUAGCCCAACUCCACAACUAUUCCCGACCCAACCUCUGACAAUACUCCAGGAUGAAAAUGCGACCCAAGUGAAGGACUCACUUUCACUUGAGGAGGCGACUUGACUCUCCACGCAGUUGUGUGAAGCUGAUCUUUCCCACUGAGCCAAAUGCUAGCUAGAGGUGCUACUAGUAUUUUGUUUUGACAUUUUUAACUAUGCAAUUUAGGGACUUCCUGUAGUGUCUCCUCUUCUCAUCAGAUAG